CCUCCCACCCUGCUCUGAGUCCUCAGCAGGGAGUGGCCGCUCCCUUCUCCAUGGACUUCCAAGAGAGGGGCCCCCCCUCGCUGUCCGAGAGCGCUCAGUCUGCCAAGUCCAGCAGUGCCCAGCAGGCCUCUGAGCUGUGGGAGGUGGUGGAGGAGCCUCGGGGCCGGCGAGGCGCAGAGGGUAUCAUGCCCGAGAGGCAGGAGGGCCACCUGCUCAAGAAGAGGAAGUGGCCUCUGAAGGGCUGGCACAAGAGAUAUUUCGUGCUCGAGGACGGGAUCCUUCGCUAUGCAACCACUCGGCAAGAUAUCACCAAGGGGAAGCUGCAUGGCUCCAUCGAUGUCCGACUGUCUGUCAUGUCCAUCAACAAAAAGGCCCAGCGCAUUGACCUUGACACCGAAGACAACAUCUACCACCUCAAGAUCAAAUCCCAGGACCUGUUCCAGAGCUGGGUGGCCCAGCUGCGUGCCCAUCGCCUGGCCCAGCGCCUGGACGUGCCCCGCGGCCCGCUGCCCAGCAACUCUCACCGGAAGGUUCCUGGUGCCCAGCUCCCCACAGCGAUCAGUGCCUCAGCUCUCCCUGGGGUGGGGCCUCGGGAGAAGGUGUCUUCCUGGCUGAGGGGCAGUGAUGGCCUAGACCGCUGCUCUCACGAGCUCUCGGAGUGUCAGGGGAAGCUCCAGGAACUGCACAGACUCCUCCAGAGCCUGGAGUCCCUGCACCGCAUCCCCUCAGCCCCUGUGAUCCCCACGCACCAGGCCUCCGUGACGACGGAGAGACCCAAGAAGGGGAAACGGACCAGCCGCAUGUGGUGCACACAGAGCUUUGCCAAGGACGACACCAUCGGACGGGUGGGUCGUCUCCACGGCUCUGUUCCCAACCUAUCUCGGUACCUGGAGUCCCGGGACCACUCAGGGCCCCGGGGGCUGCCACCCCCAGACUAUGCCCACCUGCAGCGCAGUUUCUGGGCCCUGGCCCAGAAGGUGCACAGCUCCCUCAGCAGCGUCCUGGCCGCCCUCACCGCUGAACGGGACCAACUGAGGCAUCUGCACCAGGGUUCCGAGCUGUCCAGACUGGGGGUCUCCGAGGCCUCCGCUGGCCCAAGGCGCCUCCAUUCCCUGUCCAUGUCCUCGGACACCACGGCGGACUCCUUUAGCUCCCUCAACCCCGAGGAGCAAGAAACUCUGUACAUGAAGGGGCGGGAGCUGACCCCCCAGCUGUCUCAGAGCAGCGUCCUGUCCCUCGCGGAUUCCCACACGGAGUUCUUCGAUGCCUGCGAGGUGCUUCUCUCCGCCAGCUCUUCUGAGAACGAGGGCUCAGAGGAGGAGGAGUCGAGCAUCAGUGAGAUCACCACCAGCCUGUCCGAGGAGGUGCUGGACCUCAGGGGAGCUGAGCGCUAUCAGAAAGCGGGGUGUGUUCCAGGGAGAGCUCUGGGGCCACCCCGUCGCCGCUGCCUGCCGGCGGCCAGCGGGCCCGGGGUUGACGUCAGCCUGUGGAACAUCCUGCGCAACAACAUCGGCAAGGACCUGUCCAAGGUGUCGAUGCCCGUGCAGCUCAACGAGCCACUCAACACUCUGCAGCGGCUCUGCGAGGAGCUGGAGUACAGCAGCCUCCUGGACCAGGCCAGCCGCAUCGCCGACCCCUGCGAGCGCAUGGUGUACAUCGCAGCCUUUGCCGUCUCUGCCUACUCCUCCACGUACCACCGAGCAGGCUGCAAGCCCUUCAACCCCGUCCUGGGGGAGACCUACGAGUGUGAGCGGCCUGACCGAGGCUUCCGCUUCAUCAGUGAGCAGGUCUCCCACCACCCCCCCAUCUCGGCCUGCCAUGCGGAGUCUGAGAACUUCAUUUUCUGGCAAGACAUGAAAUGGAAGAACAAGUUCUGGGGGAAAUCCCUGGAGAUUGUGCCUGUGGGCACCGUGAACGUCAGCCUGCCCAGGUUUGGGGACCACUUUGAGUGGAACAAGGUGACGUCCUGCAUUCACAACAUCCUGAGUGGCCAGCGCUGGAUCGAGCACUAUGGGGAGGUCCUCAUCCGGAACACGAAGGACAGCUCCUGUCACUGCAAGAUCACCUUCUGCAAGGCCAAGUACUGGAGCUCCAACAUCCACGAGGUGCAGGGCGCCGUGUUCAGCCGGAGCGGCCGUGUCCUCCACCGGCUCUUCGGGAAGUGGAACGAGGGGCUGUACCGGGGACCCCUGCCUGGUGGUCAGUGCAUCUGGAAACCCAACUCCAUGCCCCCAGACCAUGAGCGAAACUUCGGCUUCACCCAGUUUGCCCUGGAGCUGAAUGAGCUGACGGCGGAGCUGAAACGGUCACUGCCUUCCACGGACACUCGGCUCCGGCCAGACCAGAGGUACCUGGAGGAGGGGAACAUCCAGGCCGCCGAGGCCCAGAAGAGAAGGAUCGAGCAGCUUCAGCGGGACAGGCGCAGGGUGAUGGAGGAGAACAAUAUCGUCCACCAGGCUCGCUUCUUCAGGCGGCAGACAGACGGCAGCGGGAAGGAGUGGUGGGUGACGAACAACACGUACUGGCGGCUGCGGGCCGAGCCGGGCUACGGGAACCUCGACGGGGCCGUGCUCUGGUAGCCCCGGCCCCGGGGGCGGGCGGCUCCCUCCUCCUCCCUCCUGCCUCCAUCCCCACCACGGACACAUGGGCUGGACACAUGGGCGAGGCCAGGCCCUCCCCCUCCUCCGCCCCCCACUGCCCUGGAGACCACAGGGGCCGCCUGGCUCUGGCCCGCUCCCCUCUGCCGGCCAGAGGGGUGCAUCUCAGCCCGUCGCCCGUCCCAUGUUUGGGUGAGAACAGGGUUCGUGCUUCCCAGUCUCGUUGCCCCCAUAACCGGCAUGUAAGACCCUUCUUGCUCUGUCACCCCCUUUCUUCCCUGUUGGGGGGCUUGGGGGAGACUCUAGGCUCUCCAGGAUCUUUCCCCUGUUUCAGUGCCUUCCUAGGACACAGGGGACCCCUGGAUGCUCCCCAGGCUUUCUAUGCCCAGGGCUCUGGCCCCAGCUGUGUGGUUGGGGUGAGUGAAGGGGAGGAGUCGGACGACGUUGUCUUCCACCCCGUCCCUCCCAAGCCCCUCGCCAGCAUCUCCCGGUGCUCUGGCCCCGCGGGGCUCCCCUUGCUUGGUCCCUCGCAAUCUCUCUCAUCCUCCUGGAUCCCCUUCUCCCAGACUGCAAAACACCGGCAGCUCCCCGCUCCUUCAGCCCAGUGGUUUCCUUCAGGAGUCCUCCCCACCCCCCAGCCCGACGGGGCCUCUCCAAGGGGCGGGAGCAGACUGUGCAGGCAGGGCUCCCGGCU